AUGCUUGAUAAUGCCAAGGCCUAUGACCGGGUCCACCCAAAGUAUCUCUCCCAAGUACUGUUAAAGUUUGGCUUCCCUGAAGCGUUUGUCACAUGCAUUACCAACCUGUUCUUCGAUAACUCCAUCUAUGUCAAUGUAAAUGGCUUCUUAACCGGGGCAAUCUCUCAGCGACGAGGGAUUCGUCAAGGUGAUAGUAUCUCGCCAGUCUUGUUCAACCUGGCCAUUGAGCCGUUCCUACUCUCCAUAGUCAACAAUGUGAACCUCACAGGAUACAGCCUGCAACACGUCAAGCUCCCACACCAAAUACAGAACCCAUGGAUAUCUCCUGCUCCCAUCAAGGUCCUCGCGUACGCCGAUGAUGUCCUGUCCUUUGUGAAGUCGCAAGAUGAAUUAGUUGAGCUCCAGGAUCGUCUCAGAGUGUACAAUCAAGCCUCCAAUGCCAAGAUCAAUUACAGUAAAUCCGUCGCCUUCCCGCUGCACGGCGGUAAGAUGAAAGAUACUGAUGGCCAACAGGUCAAACGUUAUGUCACUACUCAACUGCGUAUGAAAUGGUACGACAGCCACUCCACGGGUUAUAUCAAGUAUCUUGGAUACCCACUCUGGUUUGCUAAUCACCAACGCGAUGUCUUCGUCUCAGAGCUACUGGGCAAUAUCAGGGUCAUGACUGACAUCUACGGGUCUAGAAAGGUCUCACUCUACGGCAAGGCCAACAUCGCCAACACGCUCAUCCUCUCCAAGCUGUGGCAUGUUAUCCGAGUUGUGUCGCUCCCUCAAGAGGUUUUGAAAAAGAUCAAGUCCACCAUUUACCAAUUUGUGAUGUCCGGUUUGUUCCCACCGCUCAAGGCAAACUCAUUCUUUCUACCUCGUGAUCAAGGCGGGCUAGGCCUGAUCGACAUUGGAGCACAACAAAAGUCGUUACAGUUUCGAUACCUACGAGUCUUACUACUCGGUAACCAUGGUCGCCUACCUGGCUUCACAUAUCAACUGCUCACUCACGCACUUCGUCUCACAAACGACGUCGCUCAUCAUGCCCUGCCUCUCUUGUUUCCAUCUGCUCGCUACAAGAAUACGCUGAAUGGUCUCCAUCCAUUCCUAUCGAUGUUCAAUGCCAUGGACAUCUGCAGCCUUCACAGAGACUGGGAUAGACGCCCAACAAUCACUACCAUCAUGAGUCUCCCCCUCCUUGCUGCCUUCAACCCCUUUGCUGUUACAACAGACCUGGAAUUCAUGACCAAAGAUUCGGUUAGGAGAAGUUGUAUCCGCGACUUCUUUGCAUAUGACCUUGCUCAGCAUAGCCUCCAGUUUCGACCUCGGUCAGAAUGCCCCACACCAACCACCUUGAACAAAGUUCGUCGUGCCCUAGCCAACCAUCAGAUCUCCUUCCAACGCUUUGUCAACCACAACAAUGCCGGUGAGAUGGAUUUCCUGCCUUUCGUUGAAUCCAUGAUCUACCAACAGCACCCAAUCUUCAAACUGCCGAAUAGAGAGCUCCGUUUCGUCAUGCUAGACAUGGCUAACCUCGAUGUCGGUAGACAUUACAGUAACCAACUCAGCAAACAGCAAUGGAAGGCAUUCUACAAGAACACGAUGCACUACUCAGCUCGCAACCUUUGGUACAGAAUGAUCCACAAACAAAGCUCAAAUCAACUGGCAAUGGCCCAACGCAAUCUUAAACAUGCCGCAUCAGACCGCUGUACCCUUUGCAAUGAAGUGGAAGACGCUCAACACCUGCUCAUCAGUUGCGUCCAUAAACUUGAUGUCUGGGACUCCUCCUUCAACGAGUUCCUUAGCUACCCCAAAACCGCCGAUCCACAACUUAUCUACAACUCAAUUAUGCACUUCAAACUGAAGCAUUAUUAUAUCUACAAUUAUGACUUACACAUUACCAUAUAUGACCUCUUUGCCACCAUUAUGCGUACUAUCUGGAGACACCAUUAUCAACAGUUUUACAACCUCAUCCCCUUUAAUGCCAUCCAAGUCUGUCGCCACAUCCGCACAGAACUGUUAAGAUUGUCAAAUCUUAGGCAACUCUCCCAUUAG